AGUCAAACUACUUGUUCUCCUUCACCCCUGCCUCCUCAUUCUUCAAUUCUGGUUCUUGCCACAAAUUCUCUACUUUCCUUGUUAUCCUUCUAAUUCAGCGUGUAUUCUUGGAAAGGGUGGAUUUUAACUGAGGAUUAGAUUGCAUCAACAAAUAUCUGUGAUACGGAUCAAAUGAGUCAACAAGUCUAUUUUCACUCCGAAAGUAUCCAUUUCAGUGGCACCAACAUCCGUCUAGCUUCAGGAAAUGGAAUUAGUCUGGAUUGCCAUUAUGUACUAGAUGCUCAUGACAGCUAUUUGGAUCAGCACUUACAACCAUAUGUACAAGGUCAUGCUUUGCCUUGGCAUCUGUCUCUUCCAAUGCCAUAUGUAGAAGCUUUCAGCGCUAAUAGAAGUUCAUCAGAGAAUGCGAGAAUUGGUCCACAGAUAUAUCAUCAUUAUCAUGACACAAAUGGCAUCAGAAGUGGCCAUAGAUUUCCACGGAGAUAUCAUGACACAAAUGGCAGCAGAAGUGGCCAUAGAUUUCCAUAUAGAUAUCAUGAUACAAAUGGCAGCAGAAGUGGCCACAGAUUUCCACGGAGAUAUCAUAACACAAAUGGCAGCAGAAGUGGCCACAGAUUUCCACAGAGAUAUCAUGAUACAACUGGCAGCAGAAGUGGCCAAAGAUUUCCCCAUCAUCCUCCACAGCACCAUAGCUUUCAUCAUCAAGUACAGCCAGCACAAGUAAUCAGAGGCCACUCCUUCAACAUUCAUCCUCCUGUAACUGCACCUUCAUAUAGACUUCCAACAAAUCCUUCACGUAAUUCUUCAAUCCUCAUACAUGAUGCUUUUGAGAUGGGCGCCAGGCAUCCUGGCUUUGCACCAUUUGCAGGUGCACGCAUACACCAGUCUCAUAGAGGCAACUUGCACGAGAUGAUAACUCUUAUACAUCAAAAUCUUCCUCCUGCGGUCUUUUUCUCAGAUGAUGAUGCUUCUUUACUGGUUGACCAUCAUACUGAUAUGUACUUGGACACUGAAGAUAUGUCUUAUGAGGACCUUCUUGAAUUAGGUGAGCAGAUUGGCAACGCAAAAUCAGGUUUAUCAGAGAAAACAAUUACAAGUCAAAUGAAGACCAAAACUUACAUACUACCUACUAAUGCUACUAACUUGGAGGAGGCAGCUUCUGAGGAACAGGGAACUGAUCUUUGCAUAAUAUGCCAGGAUGAAUAUAAGAACAAAGAGAAUAUUGGAAUUCUUAGAUGCGGGCACGAAUAUCACGCAGAUUGUUUAAGGAGAUGGUUACUUGAGAAAAAUGUCUGCCCCAUGUGCAAAUCAGUAGCAUUGACUCCUGGAGAAAAACAAUGAGAUUUACAUGUCUCUCUGUUCCUACAUGCACACUUCUUAGCUGCUACAUUUUCUCGAACGAAUUCAUGUUUUUUGUUAUGUAUAUGAACUUGUACAUAUACACAGUUUCAUUGUCCAACUCAAUUAUUUGUUGGCACCACUGCACCAGAAGAUUUAUGUGUAUAUCAAGUUGUACAGACUUCUGUUGAUAUGUUAACUUUAGGCAAUUACAUUUUGCUUGUUUUUUGUUUCAGUUUUUUAUGUGAAUGGUUGAAUGUGCCAUGUCAAAGUAUAGAAUGAAACCUUUUUAUUCGUAUUGUUCA